UUUAUUUACCGAAUUCCUAAAAGUAAUAUUAAAUGAUUGUAGUGUUAGAGGUUAUCCACUUUUUAUUCUCAUGCUGGAUGAUUAAAUCGCACAAUCAAUCAUAACAUUACCGUUUAUUGGUGAUGUAUCUACAACCUACUUGCUUGGCGCCAAAUUCCAUAAAAAGUUAUAUUAAAUGACAGUGAGCAAAGUAUGUUAAUAGGACGCCGAAAUACCUCAUUUAUAAAAAAACUAUACAAACAUCUAAAAUAUUUAAAACGUUUUUAUAAACAUAAUUAAUUAUCAAGGUGCACUACUCAACGAAGUCGAAAAGCAUAGAUGGUAUUUUAGCGUGUGGCCUUGAUCCCUUAUUUAACCGAUGCAAAAUGUUCCAACCUGAUCCUGCGAAAACGAAAAAAUGAAACAAAACUACAGUAGGCCCCUACCCCUCCCACUGGGGAAAACCAAAUACCCCGUCGGGCGGCACAAAAAGAAGAACCAACGACCUUUUUAAAAGCUAGAUCCGCUACACACACAACAACACUUAAUGACAUAAACAUAUUGAUACACGGCGUCGAUAAGGUUUGGUAAAUAUAAUAUUAUGGUAAUGCGGACGGUCCCGUACGGGGUCCGUCCGCGACCUUCCGAGGACGCGUCGGUGUCGAUGACUCGCCGGCGCUUGCGCAACUCAGCGGCCGGCUCGUAGAUGAUCGCCGAGCGAAAUACGGAUAACUACGUUAGAUAUUCGGACUUAUACAGAUGCACGUUAUGUCAGAAUUUACGUGUAACUAGUUUGAGGUUCACGGUCACGAGUCUUGCGUUUUAUGAGCAUGUAAUAAACAUUUUGUUUAAGGCAGGUAAUUAUACACACGUCUGCAGUGUUUCUUUUUAUUUUACACUCUCAUGAUUUCAGUAGACAGGAAGUGCAAUAACUUUUCUGUCAAAGGUAAAGAGACGCGGAUGUAGUCGUGUUAAUGUGACAUCAUAUCCUUCGUGCCGAGAAAGGGCACAACAUCUUUACGUUAAUGACUUCCAACAGUUCAAUUGAUGUUGGUUCGGUUCCAAGAAACUUAAUUUAUCAUAGGUCCGAGUUGGUGAGCGGUGACGUAGCCGACAGCUCCCGACACUGGCACUUGGGCCUAUGUGAUGGCAAAUGGAAAUAGAACUUAGUCAUGCUACCUUGUCAAUGGGACUUAAUCAUCGUAAACUAUGCUUGAACUUUUCAAAGGACAAAGUACAUUUAUAACAAGUAUGGACUCUUAGGAAAAGAGAAAAGCGAAAGAGAUUUAUUAUUAAAUCUGCCAAUUAUCCUUUCGAUUAUUCAUAUACCAAUAAUAAUAUAAAAAAUGUAUAUCAAUGACUGGAAAAAAUAACAAUAGCAAAUUUAAUCUAUAGUUGAUAUGAAAAAAAUUGAACUUGACCUCGUCACAAGAAUUAUGCUAACACGAAAUACGUAAAUAGAGAAAGAAAUUGAUAAACAUUUGAUAAACUUAAUCAAUUCCUUGAAUAUACACAUUAUUAGAAACAUUUCUAGAAACAUCAAAAUAUUGAAUGAAUAUCAAUAAGUUUGAAUCCAAUCCCACAUUAAGUGCAGACAGAGCAAUCCAAAGGUUAAACAUGAUCAACCUAUUGCACUUUAUAUGCACAUCAUCAUAAUUUAUUUAUAUUGUAAAUCAGUCACAUCAUUCAAGUUUUUACACAUAAUACUACAGCCAUCAAUUUACACAAUAAGGGUCGUUAGUGUAAUAGCAGUCAUAUACGUGAUAACUUGAAGAGGGUCUUCGAAUACCAAAGCUUAAGUUAAGCUAGUAAAGAAAACGAAGAGUUUUUGAUAAUAAUAGUUAGGUGCGUGUGUAGUUAGAUGUGACACAACAUCCAUGUAUGCACAUGAUGGUAAUAGGGUCCUCCCAUCAAUUUCAUGUCAACAGGUGUCAUUAGACAUGUAAUAAUCAGCAUCGCUCUGCAGCAUCACGUCACCGUGGUGUCGCAUGUCGUGUCGCGACAGUGUGACACGCGGCGGUGUGUGUCGCGCGGUCGCUGUGUGCGUAGGCGGUGCGCACGCGCUACGGCGGCGUAUUUACACCGGCGCCCCCUACCACCGCAGCCACUCAUGCGCCGCGCGACCUGCUGAACACACGUGCACCCCACCACUGACCGGCGCGGUGACCCUCGGGACAUAACACAACCGACAUUCCACCGCUAAGCGACAACCGCGACACUACACCCCCAGUAUGUGCACAGUGACUGAUCAUCAGUGACAAAUUAUAGAACUUGAGUGAAGUGACUUUAGAGCGUCGUCGUGUGAUGUGCGACUGAAGACGAACAACAGUGAUUACAGCCGCAGCCUCAACCGUUUAACAGAAAACAUGGUGAGAGGGGCGGCGUUAGCGCUGGUGCUGGCGCUGACAUGGGCGUGCUCGUCGCGCGCCAGCGUGCUCGUGCCCACAUACGUGCUGCCGCCUGACUCGUUCGUGCGCGAUCAGCGCAGCCUCGGCGGGCAGCCGACGCUCGACGCCGAACACGCCGAGUCUCAAAGAACUAUUAAACGACUAGUUGGUGGACACAUCAAAAUUAAGAAUGAGAAAGCGUACGGCACCGCUAAAAAUGCCAUAUCGUUUGAUGCGAAGACAGAAAGUGGAAAAUUUGCUGGAGUGAUCGCGCCGGACCAGUCAGGCGGCAACGUUGGAUGGAAUCAAGGAAUUUGGGAUGAUGGCAUGCUCAUGUCUAGUGCCGGCGAAGGAAAAGACGCACCUAAGACUAAAGAAGUCGAUGAAGAUAAGAAGACGUUAGCUGAUCAGGUGGCCGAAGGAAAAUACGGAUUAAUUCAAAAUGAAAUAUUCGCCAAGAACCCAAAACGUCCAGGUAUCGUAAGCUACGAGUUAAACGCAGAAACAAGAUCAAAAGAUAACCUUCAAAGCCUUGGCGGGCUCAAGAAAGAUGAAAUCUGGCUUGCUGAAGAUCAUCUGUUAGUUUUGAAAGGAGGAUCAUUCCCUGAACGAACCAAAGAGACUGAGGGUAGACCAUGGCCACCGAUCGAUAAUUACGAAGCGCCUAACAGGCAAGUAAAGUUACCGCAGAAACCUAAAGUGCCACCGCCCUUUCCGGUACGACUCUCCGACAACGGACCGCUCGUUUUCCUCACGCCAAACGGCAGUGUCCCUGCGUCCCUUUUCCCUUCCUUCUUUGCGGGAGAGGGCGAAGGCCCUCUACCUCCUCCGCCAUUCCUCUUUCCAUCGGGAGCGCCCUACCCCGCGAGUGAUAAUCAAGGAAACACUUCUUCCGGGGGAGCGCCGCAGCCAGGUCCUCCGUUCCCAUUCCUACCCGGGAAUGCGAGCGAAGGAGCAUUCCCCUUCCCCCCAUCCAUGAACGGCUCUUUUCCAGAAGGCUUUCCGCCGGGCGCAGUGUUUCUUCCACCACCGAGCAACCAGUCAGACCUAUACGACGAAGACGACCCUUCGAUCUACUAUCCGCCGCCUUACAAUUUUUCCUACCGCGCUGACUACAACAAUAAAGUGCCUGCGGGCCCACUUGUACCUGGAAUAGUAUUGCCACCUCCUCCGGAUUUCUUUGCACCAUUAGAGGAAAGCACGACGGAGGCUGUAAAGUCAACUACAGGCAGACCAUCGACCGUGACGACAUACACAAGGCCAAAGACGACCACGAGACCGAGUACCACGCAAACAGUGCACCGCAACAAGUAUAAGACACGACCGACAACAACCGAGGCACCCAGGACCACGAAGGUACCGACAACGGUGACAUCGCCACCGCCACUUGAAAUCGUAACAACUCCGAAAACGAGAAAGCCUCAACGAAUACCAUCAAGGCAUCCAGUGAGAGUACAUAACCUGCCUGAAGAAAAUACAACAAGGACCAAAACAGAAAAAUCUGUAUACAAAACACGAACAAAGGUAACUUCAAAACCUCUGUCUGUGUCGGUCAUUUACGAUUAUCCGGAACCUAUUUACGACAGUAAAGUUCCAACAACAUCCGAAAAACCUUACAUAUUGUAUGAUUUGCCUCAGAAAACACCAACCAUUACCGCGAACGACAUUUCAUCGACGCAAGUACCUCUUAGGGCCCAUUAUUCAAACUCACAGAACGACGUCCCUACUACAAAAUUGCAGCCAAUAUACAAUAACAGGAAACCAAACGAAAAUGCGUUUGCAUCUUUCUAUUUCUACGAUGAGCAGCCUAAGACCUCGCCUGCUCCAGCAACGUAUUUCGAUGGAAGAAAUUACUACAAGACUGUACCAAUUAGCCAAAAUCCUUACUCGCAACAGCAAAAUACAAACAAUGGGCAAUCAGGAUUUAACCCAGCCGUGGAUAUUUCUUACGGAGCCAUCGAUCAAGCUGAUGCACUAUUCCUGUGGCCACAAAAGCAGGGACCACGUACGCUGACCCAAGAGUACUUUAGCAUUCAAAAACCAAGACAACAGCCAGUUUAUGUGCAACAACAGAAACAAAGGCCAGACGCUUUCUACCAACAAAUCGCCGAUAUACAACAGACUAUCGACUUUUUUACUACAAAGAGACCGAAAACACACUCUCACAGACAACAUACGCAUAAGCCAAAGGCUAUAACAGCGAGACCUGUAUACCAGUACAGCUACCAAACACAACCUAGGCCAGAACAGUUGCCAUUCCGAGCACCUAAACUGGACCCUGAACCGUUCAUACCUAUGGUAAGCUACAGCAAACCUUUCAACGUAGCCAACGAGUUCAACGCUAUAACACCAUCAGUCUCACCUGGUUACCAUCAACAAUAUCUUAUUGAAAACGUGCAAGUGACGACCGAGUCGCCUACUUCCAGCAGAUAUUAUCCGACUACAAAGCCCCGUGAUGAAGAUUAUGAAGACACACAUUUCCAAAAUGAUGUUCGCAAUAAGAAGAACAGGAACCCUAUACCGAUACAAAGCGACCAGCCCGACCACGUUCGUCAUGUUAGUAGGUACCCCAAUACUACGCCGAACCCCAUAAGUCAAGGAUACUAUACAAAGCAGGACGAAACAUACUUUGACGACAUUACAAAGAACUCAUUCGAUGUUUUUGGAAAGAAACUAGAGGACAACACUCACGACGUAAACGGCUUGGCGGUCACAGCUCCGCUCGACACGGUUAGAACUCCGAUCAACAACGGCAUAAACCUUCAAUAUGCGUACGAGAUCGUCGAGUCCCAGAGCCCGAACCCACCGUCUCUGGACAGAGAUACUCUGGUCAACUACCGUGAGCCACACCCCACUGUGAACCCGGAGAGCGAGCCAGUGCCCCACGUGAACGCCGAACUGGUGCAACAAAAGCCACCGUCAUUAGCCGACGACACACUGGUCAAUGACCGCUUGCCACGGCCGACAAUAAACCCUGACAGCGAGUUCAUACCCAUAGCGAACCCCGGCUACAGGACGCCGCAGCAGUACCGUGCGCCCACGCAAGUACAGCGGCCGCAGUACACCGAGGAGCAGUACGAGCUGAACCGGCCAUCACUGGCGGGUGACACAGCUGUGAACUACAAGCGGCCGCUGCCAGCCAUCAACCCGGACGCGGAGUGGAUCGCGCCGGUGAACUCAGCAGGCGAGGGCCGGCCCGGCUCGUACGUGUCGUACCGGCUGCCGGGCGAGGGCGCGCACGUGUACUUCGUGACCCCGCAGGCGGCGCAGGCGCGGGAGCGGUACCGCGGCCCGGGCUACGGCAGGUGAAACCAAAGCUCUAGUCCCGACUGCCGGCCGGCCCGACCCGGCGGCGGCCCGUGUAAAUAAAAGCGCAAAUGUGAUGUUAAAGUGUCCUAAGUAGAGUAAGGUACGAAAGAGUAGCGGGAUGGCCCGCGUUGCCAUAAUAUUUAAACAGCGAGUUUUACUUAGUUUUACGUGAAAUACGUUCUCGAUGAGCGAUGUUGUGAAACUUGACGGACGCUUUACUUUUUAUAUGUAAUUUAUUAAAUUAUUUUUAAGUGUCUGUGGUGCAGCAUAAUGAUAGUUAAUUUAUUAAUGUCAGUAUUCAACGAACUAUUGAGAAUGAUGUGUGAUAUGUGUGUGUGGAUGAUUGUGACAUUGUUAUAAUAAUGUAAUAAUGACAGCAAUUGUUUAUUGUAAUAA